CAAUCAGGCGCGGCGUAUUAUUACAGGUAUACCGGCAAUUCGCAAGCAUCAAUCUUGCAACAUGGCGAUCGACGACGAAAGACUUUUCGAGAACGAUCCUCCAGAGGAAGAAGAAGAGGAGGAGGAAGAAGAUGAAGAGGACAUAGUGGAUCCUCGGGAUGAGAUCUUGGAAAAUUGCCGGGAAGACAGCCACUGCGCCGGUUUCAAGCAGGAAUUUGAGGUGUGCCAGGAGCGGGUGACCAGCCGCAGCAAUACCGAGGAGACGUGCACCCAAGAGCUGUUUGACUUCCUGCACUGCGUCGACCACUGUGCUUCUGAAAAGAUCUUCAAGCAUGUGAAAUGACGUGAACAUCUAGGCUACUGUUACUUCAAUUGAUCCCCAUACUCCCAGUGUACUCUUCAUCCCGAAUGCGCACACACACACACACAGCAGGGUUCCAGGCACUUUAUUCUACGACGCAUCCACCAAAUCUCACUGCAUGACAUGUAGAGAUUUCUUUUUCUAAAGAUUUGUCAGUGUUGGAAAAAUACAGAUGUCUUUACAGGACCCAAUUGCUAAGUGCAUUUAUGUUCUAAGCAAAAAUCCCCAGAAAAAAAUGAAACGUUCCGUGUAGGCUUUUAAUUGGUACAUUCAUUUGCAAUUGUUCUGUGCUUAGUGGUAUUCUGUGCUCAGCAGCUUGGUGGAAUAAGCUCCAACGGCUCCGCUCAAAACACAAACUCUUGUCUUUUCCACAACAAAAUUGUGAUUGUUGAGAACAAUAGGAAACAUGAUCCAGAUGUUGUCGCAUUGGAACUCCGAUUCAUUUUUUUAAAUACUCUAAUAUUCUUCAGAAUUAAUCUUUGAAACAUUUGGUAGUAAACAACUUAAUAUUUUGUUGAUCAGUUUAUUAGUUCAAUUAAUAGAAAAAAAACCUGUGCUGUUGAUAUUCUGUAUAAACAUUACACACUGUGCUUUGAUUGGCUUUUGUCUCCCUAAAUGUGGGAUAGACAAAAAAUCUUU